UUAGGUGGGAAAGUACUUUUUGAGUAAGUUUUUGGGUUAGGAAAGUAGAGAAUGAGGAAAAGAGGCGAGUGAGUGAGAUUUGAAUGGGAGAAACCGGGAUCAUUGUCAGCUUCCAGGGUAACUUAGACCCGAGAGCAGAGGAGUUCAGACCCCUCAAUCUUCAAUGCCAAUGGUAUCCUCUUCCUCUUCCCACACCCCUCUCCACCUCCUCCACCCGCUCCCUCCUCCUCACUCCGCUCCCAUUCGCCUCCCACUCCGCCCUCCGCGCAGAACUCCAGGCCUUCGGCGACAUCAGAGCCCUCCAAACCGACUCCCUCCGCCACGGCAUCCUCACCGUCCACUUCUUCGACCUCCGCCAUGCAGAGUCCGCCUUCGCCGCCAUCCGCUCCAUGCACCUCCAUUUCCCUCAAUUCCUCCUCUCGGCCCACCCCAUCUCCGCCCACUACGUCCUCCCUUCCUCCAACGCCUUCCCCGACGCCCACAACCAAGGCACCCUCGUCAUCUUCAACCUCCACCCCAACCUCUCCACCGUCCAACUCCGUCGUCUCUUCCAACCUUUCGGUCCCAUAAAGGAAUUGAGAGAUACCCCAUGGAAAAAGAAUCAGAGAUUUGUGGAGUUCUUCGACAUAAGAGACGCCGCCAAGGCCUUGAAGCACAUGAACGGCAAGGAAAUUCACGGCAAACAGGUUGUGAUUGAGUUCAGUAGACCCGGUGGUCACACCCGCAAGUUCUUCCAUCAUUCUCCUCCUUCCGAAACCACACCUUUCAACGUUCCUCCGCCACCACCACCGUUUCCUCCUUCCCCGCGACGUCGUUUUGCUGCUCCUCGCUUGCAUUCCUCUCAAAAGAAAUCACCGGGAAGCCACAAGAGUACGGGAUCUAUUGAUGCGGAAAUGGGAUCAAUGAGUUUGACCGGAGAAGUUGAAGUUCAGCAUUCUUCACAUGGCCCCACACGGAGGAAUCUUAGCAGAAAGCACAAUUGCGAUACCACUGUAGUAGUAGGAACCACCACCAAGCAGCAGCAGCAGCAACAACAACAACAACAAGUACCUAGAAGUAGGCACUGGAAGGGAAAACAAGCGAAGAAACAAGAAACUAGGUUUCUAAUCAAAGAGGGUGCCAUUGUAGAAUCUGGUCCCAAAGAUACUAGAACUACUGUCAUGAUCAAAAACAUUCCCAACAAGUAUAGUCAGAAGUUGCUAUUAAACAUGCUGGAUAACCACUGCAGACACUGCAACGAGCAGAUUGCAGACGGCGAUGAGCAGCAGCCUCUAUCCUCCUACGACUUCGUGUACCUUCCCAUUGAUUUCAACAACAAGUGCAACGUGGGAUAUGGUUUUGUGAACAUGACUUCCACGGAGGCAACACUCAGGCUCCACAAGGCCUUCCAUCUUCAACAUUGGGAGGUUUUCAAUUCAAGAAAAAUCUGCGAAGUCACCUAUGCUAGAGUUCAGGGAUUGGAAGCAUUGAAAGAGCACUUCAAGAACUCAAAGUUCCCAUGCGAGAUGGAGCAUUACUUACCAGUGGUGUUUUCGCCGCCUCGAGAUGGGAAAGAACUGACGGAGCCACUUCCAAUAGUGGGGAACAAGCAACAACAACAAGCCAUAUCAAGUGGCGGCGGCGGCAGCGGCAGCGUAGGUGAUGAUGAUGAGACAAAUGAAGAAGUGGGUAGUAGUGUUGUGAUUCUGAAAGACAGCAUUUAAGGUGGUUGAGCAACGAGCCACACCUGUGUUCGUCUUCGUGCCUUAACCAGCCAACCAACCUACCUACAACUACAGCAACCAUUUCUCUAUCUCUCAACUGAACCUGUUGCUGCUCACUGCUCACCUUUCCUCCAAUAUCUCUUCACUUUUUUUUUUUUUAUAAAUAUUUUCGUUUCCUGCUUUUGUCUAGUGAAAUUGAAUUUGUCGCUUUUUUUCUUUUUUCUUUUCAAUCACUUGUUUGUAGACUUGUAGUUGUAGGUUCUGCUGCUUCAGAUGUACUGUAGUAGUAUUUAGUUUGCCUAUUUAAUUUUCAAGAAUUUCGAUGUAUCAUUUUUUUUAUAGAUAGAAAACUUUAAAGAGAACAUAGAAA